AUGGCAUGCAGGGUCAAGUGGGGCUGAAAUAUUUCAGGCCUCUUUACCAUGUCAUACUGUUUGAAAUUGCGCUGCAGAAAUGUCACGGGAAGAUCCACGCAUCAUGAUUUAUAGCAGAAUCAUUGCAACUGGACGAAACACAAUAGGAGACCCAUUCAACCCGGAGAAAUCCUUUCCGUGUUUAUUUUAAAAAUAAAGUUUACAAGUUUGAAAUUUACCGUGCGUUUAUCAAUUGUUGUUGAGAAUUUGCAAGAACUAAUCGUUCUCCUUAAUAAAUGAAACAAUUUCACGUCUAUAUUUACUUCCACAACUUUUUAGAAGAAUUCUAUUUAUCUACAAAAUGUAUGCUUAUCUACCUACAAAUUCAUAACUUUAAAUAGGAAUGGCAUUUGAGGCCAGCUUCUAAACCUCUCACUUUAUGAUUGAAGAUAUCAAUUAAAUUGGUUAAAAUAAAUCUUUCAAAAUGCAUUUAAGUUGAAAAUAUUAAACCAAAAUCAUAAAAUGAAGUUUCACAGUUCAGGCAAAAAAUCCGGAUGGAAGUUUAUUCCGCAUCCAUAGGUCUUUAGAUUAUUAAGAAUGGAAGAAACUGCGAAUUUCUCCUCUCAAGAACUGUGUCAAGUACCAGAUUUACAAUUUAGUAGUACUACAAAAUUGAUUUUGGAUUACAAUGAUAUUACAACUCUGCCGGCAGCUUUUUGCAAGAAGUUGCCAAGAUUGGUAUUUCUCUCUGUGAAUGGUAAUUUACUGAAGGAGCUUCCCUCAGACAUCGGACACUAUUUUACGAAUUUAACUGAGUUGCAUGCUAGGGAGAACCUCCUGCGUGAUAUUCCAAAAAGCUUAUGCUACCUCUCCAAACUCACAAAGCUUCACCUGACCGGCAAUCGCAUUAGCGACACCCUCCCGAAUGAGUUCUCCUUUCUAUUCCAUUUGACCGAACUCGUUUUGGAUGAAAAUGAGUUGACCCACCUCCCGAGUGAUUUCGGCAAACUAGAAUCUUUAACUCACCUCGACGUGAGCAAUAAUUUUUUGUGCCAGCUGCCAGAAAGCUUCGGCAUGCUAAAAAGUUUGAAAGAAUUGAACCUGUCCAACAAUCGCUUAAAAGCACUUCCGGAUAGUUUUGAAAAUCUUCCCAGUUUGGAAAUUGUGGACUUGACCGAUAAUGAAGUAAGAUUUUUUCCAAAUGACUCUAAGUCUGCUUUGUCUAUGGUGAAACUAUUUAUGAAUGAAAAUUGCCUCACCGGUCUGCCGAACUGGAUUUCGGAAUCUCGGAAUCUGAGAGAACUGUCUGUUUCUGCCAAUGAUUUGUUGGAAGUUCCUCCGUACUUGGGGACGAAUAAUCAUUUGUUGGAACAGAUCGAUCUGAGUGGCAACAGCAUCCAUACUCUUCCUGAGAGUGUUGGACAUUUAAAAGAAUUACGUUUCUUGGACAUGGGCAGUGCUUUAGAUGAACUGGAGCGAAAUCGUUUCAUAGCCAAUGGAAAUAACUUGAAACACUUACCGGAUUCUUUUACCUGCUUAGAAAAUCUAAUCAAGCUAGAAUUAGAUGAAAACCAACUGUGUGAGUUGCCUACAGAUUUUGGAAGUCUUUUAGGCUUGACUUAUUUGGAUAUUUGCCAUAAUGACUUGAAGAAGUUACCAGAUAGUUUUAGCCUGCUAAAGAACCUAAAAAUCUGUUUGCUUUCCAUGAAUUAUUUGACAGAAUUGCCGCAAAAUUUCGGAAUGCUCUGUUCUCUAGAAGAUUUAAAGCUUGAUCAUAAUAUGCUUACAGAGUUGCCUGAAUCAUUUUCUAAUCUAGUUACACUGACUUCAUUGGACUUGUACAACAACAAUUUGAAAGAAAUCCCAAAAGGUGUUACUUGUUUGAAACAGUUGAAGCAGUUGGAUCUCAGAGAAAAUGAUUUUGGAUUGUCAUUUGAAGAGAUUCCUGAAAUAAUUUAUGAACCAACAUAUUUGAAGAGGAAGCCAGAAUUAAGUGAGAAUUGGCGUGGAAGAAAGAGAUCAGACAUCAGUCAGGAUUCAUGGGUUGAAUCUAAAGCGGAUACUGAAGACGAAAGCAAACUAAAUGACAAUGUUGUUUAUUCUGCAUUGACAUCAUCAUCAUCAUUGUGGAGGAAACAUGGUCAGUCUGAUGUGAGGUCAUCCGCUAAAUUAGAGAAAGAUGAUUCCAUGAUGAAUGCGUCGAUCAAUUCUACUGCAAAUGAAGAUUUCUGGGAUAAAUCUGAUGAAUCUGUUACGGGAUCAAGCUGUUCUGAUAACAGUGGAAAAUUCUUAGAACUAAGUGACUGGGAAAGUGAUGAUUCAGCCAACUAUAUGCCAAGCAGCAAUUUUAAAAAAAAUUACCGCCACCAUUUGAGAGAAGAAGGAAAAAUUGAUGAUAAAGAGUUGAAUGUUUUAAUUCCAUCUGAUAUGCACGUCAAUCGUAUUACAGUACGAGAAGUCUGGGAACCCUCUGAAGAUGGGCAAUUUGAAGAUGCUUGAAUGUGUUUAUGUGAUUCAUAUUUAUUAAAUAUCUUAUUUUUGUCUCUUA